AUAUUUAUUACAGUUUUGCAUUUUACUUUGGAGUGGAUGCUCCAUUUUGAGUUGAUUUUUGUGCAGGGUGUAAGGUCUGUGUCUAGAUUCAUUUUCUGCAUGUGGAUAUCUAGUUAUUCCAGCGCCAUUUGUUGAAAAGAAUGUCUUUGCUCCUUUGUCAAAGAUCAAGUGACUGUAUUUACAUGGGUUCUGUUCGGUUCCACUCAUCUAUUUGUCUGUUCAUUCACCAGUACUGUACUGUCUUGAUUACUGUGGCUAAGUCAGGUGGUGUUAGUAUUCCAACUUGUUGUUCUUCAAUAUCAUGUUGGCUAGUGUGGGUAUUUUGUCUCUCCGUGUAAACUUUAAGAGUCUCAUGCUCUACCAACUAAGCUAGCUGGGCGCACCUUUUGUGAACUUUAGAAUCGUUGUAUGGACGACCACAAAAUAACUUGCUGAGGUUUUGAUUAGGAUUGAAUUGACUUAUAGCUCAAGUUGGGAGGAACUAACGUCUUGACAAUAUUGAAUCUUCCUAUCCAUGAAUAUGGAAUGUUUCUCCAUUUAUUUAGUUCUUUGAUUUCAUCAUCAGUUUUGUAGAUUUCCUUAUGUAGAUUUAUACCUAAUUUCAUUUGGAGGGGGGUGCUAAUAUAAACCGUAUUGUGUUUUUAAUUUCAAAUUCCACUUGCUCACUGCUGGUAUAUAGGAAAGCAGUGGAAUUUUAUAUAUUAACCUGGUCUCCUACAACCUUGCUAUAAUCACUUAUUAUCUCCAGGAGUUUUUUGGUGUCAUGCUUUCAGAUUUUCUGCAAAGACGAGUGUGCCAUCUGUGAACAAAGACGACAUCGCAUCCUUUUAUCCCCCUAUAUACUUAAAUAUAUAUCUCUGUAUAUGGACAUUUGCCUUCAUAACCACAAUGCCAUUAUAAUAUCUACCUAAGUUAUCCAUUAAUCCUUGAAAGAUCAAGACUCAGGCCAUUUUCAAAUUUUCUUGAUUUGAAAAUCACAUAUUUUUACACUUGACUUAUCCAGUUAAGGAUCUGAAAGAAUUCAUGUAUUACAUUUGGUUGUUAUGUACUAUUAAGUCUUCUUUCAUCUAGAACAGCUCACCUCCACUUUUCAGUUCUUUAUGUCACUGACUUGUUGAAGAAACCAAGUCAUUUGUCCUUUAGAACAUCCUACAUUCUGGCUUUUUCUAUUCACUUCCUGUCUCACUCAACUUGUUCCACUCUACCCCAUAUUUCCUAUGAAUGGAUGUUGGCUCUAAAGGAAGGAUAAAUGCUUAAUUUUUUCCUUACAAUCAAUAGUGUAAUUUUAAUGUUCUCCCAAAAAGUAGGUAGGAUGGGGUAGAUAGGAAAUCAGGUGUCUGUGGUAGAGAAAGCAUAAAAUGAAGUGUGACUUGCUCUUUCUUUGAAAACAGAUACUUUCCUAUAGGUCCCAAAAUGUGGAGGAGGAGCCCACAUAUUGGGCCUCUCAGAUGGGAGCCCUUAUUCUCUCCCUUAUAUACUCAUCAACCAUAAUAAUGCUUAAUAUUUACAUUCAAGGUAUUUUCACAUUCAUUAUCUCAUUUAAUCAUGGCAGCUGCCCGCUGAAGUGGGAAGUACAGGUGGUAUCUUCAUUUUGCAGAUUAUGCAACUGGAGGCUCAGAGAGGUGAAUUUAGGAGACGGUGUGGAAAGCAGGUCUCCUGAUUCCUUUUUGUCUGUUUGUGCUGCUCCCCUUGCUUCAAUCCUACUCCCCUCUUCGUCAUCAAAACCAUCAAAACUGGGUUUUGGGCUGUGUAGACAUGACCUUUGUGUGCCUGGGUUCUGAGAACAUGCAGAAUAAGAGAAGUGAGCAAGUUUGGUUCAGCACUCAAAUGCAUAACCAGACUGAGUGAGAGGUUAUAUCAUGUAACAGCUGGAUGGAGGCCUGCCUGAAGGAGGAGCUGCCUUCCCCAGUGGAGCUGGAGGAGAGCCUCCGGAACGGAGUGCUGCUGGCCAAGCUGGGCCACUGUUUCGCACCCUCUGUGGUUCCCUUGAAGAAGAUCUAUGACGCGGAGCAGCUGCGGUACCAGGCAACUGGCUUGCAUUUCCGUCACACGGACAACAUCAACUUUUGGCUGUCUGCAAUAGCCCACAUCGGUCUGCCUUCGACCUUCUUCCCAGAGACCACGGACAUUUAUGACAAGAAGAACAUGCCACGGGUGGUCUACUGCAUCCAUGCACUCAGUCUCUUCCUCUUCCGGCUGGGAUUGGCUCCUCAGAUACAUGAUCUAUAUGGGAAGGUGAAAUUCACAGCUGAGGAACUCAGCAACAUGGCCUCUGAACUGGCUAAGUAUGACCUCCAGCUGCCUGCCUUCAGCAAGAUCGGGGGCAUCCUGGCCAAUGAACUCUCAGUGGAUGAGGCUGCAGUCCAUGCGGCUGUUCUUGCCAUCAAUGAGGCAGUGGAGCGAGGCGUGGUCAAAGACACCCUAGUGGCCUUGCAGAAUCCCAAUGCUCUGCUGGAGAAUCUUCGAGAGCCUCUGGCAGCCAUCUACCAGGAGCUUCUGGCUCAGGCCAAGAUGGAAAAGGCUGCCAACGCCAGGAACCGCUUUUUGCAGAAUGAUGGAGAAAGCCAGGACAUCUAUGACUGCUACCUAACUCAAGCGGAAAUCCAAGGCAACAUCAACCAUGUCACUGUCCAUGGGGCCCUAGAAGUUGUUGAUGAUGCCCUGGAAAGACAGAGCCCAGAGGCCUUGCUUGAGGCCCUUCAAGACCCUGUCCUGACCCUGCAAGGAGUGAGGAGAGACUUUGCGGACUGGUACCUGGAACAGCUGAGCUCAGACAGAGAGCAGAAAGCACAGGAGCUGGGCCUGAUGGAGCUUCUGGAAAAGGAGGAGGUCCAAGCUGGUGUGGCUGCUGCCAACAUAAAGGGUGAUCAAGAACAAGCCAUGCUCCGGGCUGUGCAGAGGAUCAACAGAGCUAUCCGGAGGGGAGUGGCAGCUGACACUGUGAAGGAGCUGAUGUGCCCAGAAGCCCAGCUGCCUCCAGUGCACCCCUUUGCCUCGGCUGUGUACCAGCAGGAGCUGGCAGUGCUCCAGCAGCAGCAGCAGGGGGAGCUGGCCCAGGAGGAGCUCUUUGUGGCUGUGGAGAUGCUCUCAGCCGUGGUCCUGAUCAACCGGGCUCUGGAAGCCAAGGAUGCUAGCGGCUUCUGGAGCAGUCUGAUGAACCCCGCCACGGGCCUGGCCGAGGUGGACAGGGAGAACGCUCAGCGGUACUUUGAUGCUCUGGUGAAGCUGCGACAGAUACGUGGAGUGGAUGGGGCCUUCCUGAGCUGGAAUGACCUACAGGCUGCAGUGAGCCAGGUCAACGCCCAGGUCCAGGAAGAGACUGAUCAGGUCCUUGUGGUCAGCCUCAUCAACGAGGCUCUGGACCAGGACAACCCUGAGAAGACCCUCUCCUCCCUUCUGCUUCCUGCUGCCAGCCUGGAUGAUAUCAGCCUUCCCGUUGCCCCUCGGUACCAUCUCCUCCUCAUGGCGGCCAAAAGGCGAAAGGCCCAGGUGACAGGGGAUCCUGAGGCUGUGCUGUGGCUGGAAGAGAUCCGCCAGGAAGUGGUUAGAGCCAACCAGGAUACAGAUGCAGCUCAGAGAAUGGCUCUUGGUGUGGCUGCCAUCAAUCAAGCCAUCAAGGAGGGCAAAGCAGCCCAGACAGAACGGGUAUUAAGGAACCCUUCCGUGGGCCUCCGAGGAGUGGUUCCCGACUGUGCCGAUGGCUACCAGCGGCUCCUGGAAGAUGCCAUGGCAAAGAAGCAGCGCCCAGGAGAUACAGCACUCUGGGUUCAACAUGCCAUGAAGGAUGGCACUGCCUACUACUUUCACCUGCAGACCUUCCAGGGGACCUGGGAGCGACCCCCUGGCUGCCGCCUCAACACCUCCCACCUAACUCGGAAGGAGAUCCAGUCAGCUGUCACCACGGUCACCACUGCCCAUGACCGCCAGCAGCUCUGGAAGGCCAACGUGGGCUUCAUCAUCCGGCUCCAGGCCCGCCUCCGCGGCUUCCUGGUCCGGCAGAAGUUUGCGAAACAUUCCCACUUUCUGAGGACCUGGCUUCCAGCUGUCAUCAAGAUCCAGGCUCAUUGGCGUGGUUACAGACAGCGGAAGAUUUACCUGGAACGGUUGCAGUAUUUAAAAGCGAACACAAAUGCCAUAAUCAAGAUCCAGACUUGGGCCCGGAUGUGGGCAGCUCGGAGGCAAUACCGGAAGCGUCUGGGCUACUUCCAGAAGAAUGUUAACUCCAUUGUGAAGAUCCAGGCAUUUUUCCGAGCCAGGAAAGCCCGGGAUGACUACAGGAUGUUAGUCUACACACCCCACCCCCCACUCAGUGUGGUACGCAGAUUUGUCCACCUCUUGAAUCAAAGCCAGGAGGACUUCUUGGCUGAGGCAGAGCUGCUGAAGCUCCAGGAGGAGGUGGUCAGGAAGAUCCGGUCCAAUCAGCAGCUGGAACAGGACCUCAAUCUCAUGGAUAUUAAGAUUGGCCUGCUGGUGAAGAAUCGAAUCACCCUGCAGGAAGUGGUCUCCCACUGCAAGAAGCUGACCAAGAAGAAUAAGGAACAGCUGUCGGAUAUGAUGGUUCUGGAUAAGCAGAAGGGAUUAAAGUCACUGAGCAAAGAGAAACGGCAGAAACUAGAAGCUUACCAACACCUCUUCUACCUGCUGCAGACUCAACCCACCUACCUGGCCAAGCUGAUCUUUCAGAUGCCUCAGAAUAAAACCACCAAAUUCAUGGAGUCAGUGAUUUUCAGUCUGUACAACUAUGCCUCCAACAGCCGAGAGGCCUAUCUCCUGCUCCAGCUGUUCAAGGCAGCACUCCAGGAGGAGAUCAAGUCAAAGGUGGAGCAGCCCCAGGAUAUGGUGACAGGCAACCCGACUGUGGUGAGGCUGGUGGUGAGAUUCUAUCGGAACGGGCGGGGGCAGAGUGCCCUGCGGGAGAUCCUGGGCAAGGUGAUCCAGGACGUGCUGGAGGACAAGAUGCUCAGCGUCCACACAGACCCUGUCCACCUCUACAAGAGCUGGAUCAACCAGACUGAGGCCCAGACAGGGCAGCGCAGCCACCUCCCCUAUGAUGUCACCCCAGAGCAGGCUUUGAGCCACCCUGAGGUCCAAAGACGCCUGGACAUCUCCCUCCGCAACCUCCUCACCGUGACUGAUAAGUUUCUUGCAGCCAUCAUGUCAUCUGUGGACCAAAUUCCGUACGGGAUGCGAUAUGUGGCCAAGGUCCUGAAGACAACUCUGGCAGAGAAGUUCCCCGACACCACAGAGAGCGAGAUCCAUAAGGUGGUGGGGAACCUCCUAUACUACCGCUUCCUGAACCCGGCUGUGGUGGCCCCCGACGCCUUCGACAUUGUGGCCAUGGCAGCGGGUGGCGCGCUGGCGGCCCCCCAGCGCCACGCCCUGGGGGCUGUGGCUCAGGUCCUGCAGCACGCUGCGGCCGGCAAGGCCUUCUCCAGGGAGAGCCAGCACCUGCGCGUCUUGAAUGACUAUCUGGAAGAGACGCACCUCAAGUUCAGGAGGUUCAUCUGCCGAGCCUGCCAGGUGCUGGAGCCAGAGGAGCGUUUUGCAGUGGAUGAGUACUCGGACAUGGUGGCUGUGGCCAAACCCAUGGUGUACAUCACCAUGGGGGAGCUCGUCAACACGCACAGGCUGUUGCUGGAACACCAGGACUGGAUCGCCCCUGAUCACCAAGACCCCCUGCACGAGCUCCUGGAGGACCUUGGGGAGCUGCCCACUGUCCCUGACCUCAUCGGGGAGAAUGUAGCUACGGAUGGGAAUGUGGAUCUAAGCAAGCUAGAAGUGUCCCUGACUCUCACCAACAAGUUUGAAGGACUGGAGACAGACGCUGACGACACCAACAGCCAGAGCCUGCUCCUGAGCACCAAGCAGAUGCUGGCUGACAUCAUGCAGUUCCACUCGGGAGACUCCCUCCAGGAGAUCCUAUCCCUUUCGGCUUCCAGGGAGGAGGAAGCAGCCCACAAGCGGCUGAUGUGCCGACGCCAGGCCUGUGAAGCCCAGACCCCGGAGCCGCUGCGACGACACCGCUCACUGACGGCCCACUCCCUCCUGCCGCUGGCAGACAAACAGCGGCGUGUCCUGCGGAACCUGCGCCGACUCGAGGGCCUGGGGUUGGUCAGUGCCAGGGACGGCUACCAGGGGCUGGUGGACGAACUGGCCAAGGACAUCCGCAACCAGCGCAAGCGCCGGCAACGGAGGAAAGCAGAGCUGCUGAAGCUCCAGGCCACGCUCCAGGGCCUCAGCACCAAGACCACCUUUUAUGAGGAGCAGGGCGAUUACUAUAGUCAGUACAUCCGGGCCUGCCUGGACCACCUGGCCCCCAGCUCCAAGAGUUCUGGGAAAGGGAAGAAGCAGGUAUCUCUCCACUACACGGCUGCCCAGCUCCUGGAGAAGGGUGUCUUGGUGGAAAUUGAAGAUCUUCCCACCUCUCAUUUCAGAAAUGUGAUCUUUGACAUCACCCCUGGAGAGGAGGCGGGAAGGUUUGAAGUAAACGCCAAGUUCCUGGGUGUGGACAUGGAACGGUUUCAGCUCCACUACCAGGACCUCCUGCAGCUCCAGUACGAGGGUGUGGCUGUCAUGAAACUCUUCAACAAGGCCAAGGUCAACGUCAACCUUCUCAUUUUCCUUCUCAACAAGAAAUUCUUGCGGAAGUGACUGAGGCAGGCGGUGCUCCCCAAGCCCUUCUUACCUCACUGGAUGCUUUUCUUAACACUAAUGCACUGCUCCACUUUCCUGCAGACACCCAGAACUCAGGCCCAGGCAAGGCUCGAGGAGUCUCGCCCUUUCCCCAGCUGGGAGGAGUCUGGCUCCCUGGCCCACAGGCAGGGUCUCUAAUUGGCUUCAGUCCGGCCAUGUAGCUUAUAAGCCACAGAAUCCCAUGAUUUUCCAGUCUGAUGGGAAGGAAUGAACCCAGGGCCUGCCCCGCGAAGGCUACUGCUCUAGUGUCUGCUGCUGCCCUCCCUGUACGACAAACACUGUCCCAGCGGCCUGAUUCCUGCUGCCUCCCUUCUCUCUGCAGACCCAAGCCAGGGCUGGCUCCCUGUCCCACCCCCACUGCAGCAGCAGCUUGUGUUCUGUCCUGCUGAGGCCCAGGCCACUCCGCUGCAGCGACGCCUCCCACCCUCCCACCCCUGACCCUCACCCUGGGUGGACAGCGCUCGUUAAUGCCCGCUCGGCCUUGUGACACACGGUGGCCUGGGCCAGAUGACCCUCCAUUAGCCUCAAAUCUCACUCUCUUGUUUACAGUCUGUUUUACAUGUGGGUCACCAGGGUAUUUAUUCUCUCCUGUGCAACCUUAAUCAUGGUUUUUAUUCUUUCUUCCUGAACUCAGAGAAAGAGUUCCCAUUUCCCUAUUCAAACUAAUACUCAUGCCAAUCUUUUAUACCUCGUAUAUAAAGUCACCUUGGGUCCCUCGUGUUUAAAAUCUCAUUAUUUCAGCCUCAUACGGUACAAAAAGCAGUCUUUCCCUUUUCUCUCUCACCCAACAGGAUUCUUGUAUCUGAGAGCUAACUUCCUGUCCUUGUGGCCCCUCUGAUUUCACUUUAAUAUAAACAGCUUUUAACUCCGCA